CUGGAGGCAGCGAGUGAUGAGGACAAUGGUGCUCCAAAAUCCCUAAGAGAAGAUAGGAUGAUUUAGUGGACUGCAGUCCUGAGUUCGGAUUAUUAAACAGAAAGGGAAAAAAAUAAUAAUAACGGGGUGUGCUGGCAGAAAAUUACGUAGGGAAACUAAGCUAACACAGCUGAUAGAGGUCCCGAACCUGGGUUUGUGAUGUGACUGCUGGCUGCGCCUAAGUGGCGCUUUUACGCACGAUGGAAGACCUUUUACGCGAGCAGUACAGUUGGUCUCACAAUCUUACAUGGAGCAGCUCAAGUCGUGAAAAUGAAAGCUACGUAGGAAACACCACGGUGAACCCUCUGAAACGAAAUGAAGAAGUGGCUAAAGUGGAAGUUACCGUUCUGGUCCUUGUGCUGCUUCUCGCGCUGACAGGCAAUCUGUGCGUCCUGUGGGCUAUUCACACCACCAAGCACAGUCAGUCUCGGAUGUAUUACUUCAUGAAGCACCUGAGCAUCGCAGACCUUGUAGUUGCAAUCUUUCAGGUUUUACCUCAGCUCAUCUGGGAUAUCACUUUUCGCUUCUAUGGACCCGAUUUGCUGUGCAGGUUGGUGAAAUACCUCCAGGUCGUGGGUAUGUUUGCGUCUACGUACAUGCUGGUUCUAAUGUCGAUAGACAGGUGCUUGGCAGUCUGCCAGCCACUUCGCUCCGUGCACAAGAAAAAAGACCGCUUCUGUGUGAUCGCCUCUUGGAUGCUCAGCCUGAUAUUCAGCAGUCCUCAAGCUUACAUAUUUUCUCUUAGGGAGGUCGGUAAUGGUGUGUAUGACUGCUGGGGGGACUUCGUGCAGCCUUGGGGUGCCAAAGCAUACAUCACUUGGAUGAGUUUCAGCAUUUACAUUUUCCCAGUGGCCAUUUUAAGCAUCUGCUAUGGUUUGAUAUGUUUUAAAAUAUGGGAGAAUUUCAAUCUAAAAACCAGAAGGGAGCACUUUUUGGCUCUCACUCCAAGGCCCUCCAAAGGCGCCCAACCCUUUUCUCGUGUGAGCAGCGUGAGACUCAUUUCGAAGGCUAAGAUCCGCACAGUAAAAAUGACAUUUGUGGUGGUACUUGCUUAUAUUGUGUGCUGGACUCCUUUUUUCUUUGUCCAGAUGUGGUCGGCAUGGGAUCCUGCUGCACCAAGAGAAGACAUGGCCUUCAUCAUUGUAAUGUUGCUAGCCAGUCUCAAUAGCUGCUGUAACCCGUGGAUUUACAUGUUCUUCGCGGGUCACCUAUUCCAUGACCUGAUGCAGUGUUUCUUCUGCUGCUGUCGACGGUACCUGACAGAGUGCUCGUGCAGCUGUGGUCAACAGUGCAGACACAAAAGGGGCUCCUCUACUUACGUUAACAAGAACACCAAAAGUCAGAGGAGCCUCUCACGCACAUCCAGUACGGUACACUGAAAAGCCAGCUAAAUGGCAUGCAAGCUUCGUGCAAUCAAGUAAUCUAGCAAUCAUGCAGCUACCCAUUUCACCCAUUUAACUGAAUACAGAAGCAGUGUGCUGGCUAUUGCUGCACAUUUUCUCUGUAACAUUUUGAACCGAGCUAAACUGACAAUGUAAACUUCCUGUCCAGAUAACACCCUGCACCCACUGGUGACAGAAAACAGUACAAAGGGUGUUUUAUAUAUAUCGUGUACAGAAUUUGAACAAAAUGUGAUGUAAAAUUCAAAAAGAUUUUGUUAUCAUUUUCAUCUUUCUUUGCAACAAAAAAUAUGUGUAAAGGUAAAGUAAUAUGUAAUAUGUAACGUGUGAUGUGAAAGAUUAGCUACGUUUAUUCAUAUAUAUUUGUUGUGAAUUGUCAAAGAAAACAUUGUAGUGUAUAGCCUCCACAGGGAGAAGCUUUAAGGUGGAGGAGGGGAUUAUAUAAAAGGGUUGGGGCAUUAGUGUCAGCAGUAGAGCUGUCAAAUAAAAAACAGUCUGCCUGCGAGAGGGAAAGUGCUCUGAUUUGUGAUUUGGGUAAAGUUAUACUAAUUUUGACCUGAAGAUUGAACCCUCCAAACCAACCAAAAUUUCAUAAUUCACACUUAUAAGACACAAAGACUUCUUCUUUUUUCUCAAAAGCUCAAAUCAGUGUGGAAAUAAAUCUGCAAAUACGUAAUUGGUCCAAUACCAUCACACAGUAAAUUUCAUAAGUCAUGAAUGAUAGUUAUCUGUCCACUUUCUGCCAUCCUGUAUUAUAUCUAACAGAGAUUUCUCUUAGACAUAGUAUAUGCUACAGUAAAUCCUGAUGUGCAUGGAUUUCUGCAACAAUAAAGUGUGCCAGUGAAGUCGAUCUCUGUCGUGUGAAUGUG